CUCAGUGCUCUAUGGACCUGGCUGGAGAAGGAUUAUUGGGUCGAAUCGCUCCGUUUGCCGGUGAUUGGUUGUUACCGAGUUUUCUUACAAGUCCCCUUGGUUUUUGCUGAAGCUGCUGAGGAAGACAUUGGAGUGGAACCUGGACUGCUAGCAGCUAGCGACUUCCUUUAAGUUUGGUUUGUCCCUCGGCAGGGUUGGAGUGGGCUCCCGGUGUGAGUUUACCCUGGGGGGGGGACCUUCAUGCCAACUGUGCUGGAUGGUGACACCUCCCUCUUACCCUCUCUGAAGAAGUGCAGAGCUGUCCCUGGGCGAGCAGGGCUUUUAAAUGGAUCGCCACUCCAGCCUGAUCUCUAUCUGGCUGCAACUGGAGCUCUGUGCCAUGGCCAUCCUGCUGACAAAAGGUGAAAUUAGAUGCUACUGUGAUGCACCACACUGUGUUUCAACUGGGUAUAUGUGCAAAUCUGAACUGAAUGCCUGCUUUUCAAGGCUACUUGACCCACAGAACCCCAAUUCACCACUCACACAUGGCUGCCUGGACUCUCUGGCUAGUACAGCUGACAUCUGCAAACAGAAAAAAGAGGAUAACCAGACUGGAACAGUGGUACUGAGGCUGGAGUGCUGUCAUGCCGAUAUGUGCAACUACAGAGGUCUACACGAUGUCCUUUCUCAUCCUCGGAGUGAUACAGCAGGAGCUGGUAGCAAAUACCAACAUGAUAACACAAGAAACCUUAUCACAAAGGUACAAGAACUGACUUUUUCAAAGGACGUCUGGUUCAAGGCGGCCGUCAUUGCCGUACCUAUAGCCGGUGGAUUAAUCUUGGUUCUCUUAAUCAUGCUUGCGCUUCGAAUGCUGCGCAACGAAAACAAAAGACUGCAAGACCAGAGGCAACAAAUGCUUUCACGCUUGCACUACAGUUUUCACGGACACCAUUCAAAAAAGGGGCAAGUAGCCAAAUUAGACUUGGAGUGUAUGGUACCGGUGACCGGUCACGAGAACUGCUGCCUAUCCUGCGAUAAAAUGAGGCAUACAGACCUUGGCAACGAUAAGAUCAUCUCACUGGUUCACUGGGGGAUGUACAGUGGUCAUGGGAAGCUGGAAUUUGUAUGAUCGUUUUGGAAGUUACAGUCAAGAAGCAGACUAGAGACUCUUGUUUCUAUUGAAAAGAAGCACUUUAUUGUUAAUAUAACAAAACAGACAAACAAAAACAAAACAAAAAAACUUACCCCUCGAAAUGGGGAAGUAUGGGGUCUUUUGCACAGUGAAUAUCUAAUGUUUUCUGUGAUUCCCAAAGAUGCUUUUUGCACAGACCAGGACUUUUAAUAGACCAUGACACACUUAGCUUUGCAAAAAGGCAAGACCCUGAGGGUUAUACACACUGUCACUGAAGUUUUCUGACUUAGGGAGAAAUGAAAUUGUACACAAUGUACAAGUUCCUAUAUAUGUUUAAUGUAAAAUAUUUUUUAAAAU